AUGCGGAUAUUGAUGUUGGGGCUUGACAAUGCUGGUAAAACCACCAUUUUGUACAAGUUGAAACUUGGAAAGACAUCCAAAACCGUUCCUACGGUUGGAUUUAAUGUGGAAACCGUCAAGCACAAAAACGUAUCGUUUGCGGUGUGGGAUUGUGGAGGACAAGAAAGAAUUCGCCCAUUAUGGAGACAUUAUUUCACAGGGACAAAUGCUCUUAUUUAUGUGGUGGAUAGUUCAGAUCAUGGGCGGUUGGAAGAAUCACGAAGUGAACUUAUGAGGGUGAUUUCCGACAAGGAAUUGGCCAAUUGUCUUCUCAUAGUGUUGGCUAACAAACAGGAUAUGUCUGGGGCCAUCAAGCCCAAGGAACUUAUUGAAAAGUUUGAGCUUAAUAAACUUUCAGGAAACCACACCUGGUCUGUGAUUCCCACGGUCGCAAUCGACGGAACUGGGUUGGUGGAGACGUUGAACUGGAUAUCUAGUCAUAGCAAGAAGUAA